AUGGAUGAUAUACCACCGCUAUUCCUUCCAAUUGAUAUUAGUGAAGACGAUGAUUCUUCCUCGAGCGAUAGUAGUUUAAUUUUUUUUUUUCAAAAUCUUAUUAACGAAGUCGCUCAACUGGAAGACACAGGCACUUCUAGAAAAAGGAAAUCUGUCCGUCGAGAUCGAGUAAAAUGUCACGAAAACCUUAUGAGAGAUUAUUUUGUCGAGGAGCCCGUAUUUAACGAAGAGGUUUUUCGUCAAAGGUUUCGUAUGUCCAAAAGGUUGUUUUUAAAAAUUUUGAGUGACGUGCAAGCGAAUAACUUGUGGUUUCAAGACGCCGCGGAUGCUAGUGGUAGGAAGAGUUUUACAUCGAUCCAAAAAGUUACUUCGGCGAUUAAGCAACUAGCAACCGGUAACGCUCCAGACGAGUUCGACGGGUAUUUAAAUAUGUCCACAAGGACUUCCCGAGAAAGUCUAGAAUAUUUUUGCGAAACGGUAUGUAAUUUAUACGCUUCCGAGUUUUUACGUAGACCUACUAGCCACGACGUUGCGCUCUUGUACCAAGCUCAUGAGGAGAAACAUCACCUUCAUGGGAUGUUGGAUAGUCUUGAUUGCACACAUUUUGUUUGGAGAAUGUGUCCAACGGAGUUGCGGGGUCAAUAUAUGAAGGGGGAUCACAGUCACCCGACAGCUAAGCUCGAGGCGGUGGCCUCUCAGGAUUUAUGGAUUUGGCAUGCUUUUUGUAGUCCAGCAGGUUCACAAAACGACAUCAAUGUGCUCCAACAAUCUCCGUUAUUUCUUACUGAGCGAAAUGGAACUUCACCAAAAUGUCCAUUUUACGUGAACAACCACUUGUACAAGCGUGGAUACUAUCUUACCGAUGGAAUCUACCCUACUUGGUCCGUGUUUGUGAAAUCAUUUCCGUAUCCUCGCAUUGUGAAAGAAAAGAAGUUUAAGAGGAUGGUCGUAUAUGCAUGCAUUAUUAUGCAUAAUAUGAUUCUAAAAGACGACGGAAACGCAAUUGCACCGGUACAUAUUCGGGAUCCUCCAGUCGAGCCCAUUUUCGAAGACACUGCUUAUAACGAGCUCAUUGAUGAAGAUACGCAUUAUAGACUAAAAUAUGAUCUUGUGGAGCACAUCUUGGUGAACAAGAUUUACCCCACCUUUUGGCGGAUUCCGACGACGAGUAGUUAA